UCUCUCGAGCCCUUUUUAGCCGCCUGCCGGAUAUAUCGCCUGUUGGUGCUUGCCGAGUGCCCACGGUGGUUCCUCCAGCACUCAGCAGUGAUCCGAUAGCGACGCCAGAGCCGCGACGCUAGCUCGUCGCCCUAUAAAUCGGCAGCGAGGCAUCCUUUCCAAGAUCAGGAUGCCCACCACAGCCGCUAGAGUGAAUCCCAAGGCCGGCGGCGCCAGACCGCAGGCCGGAGGCGCCGCGAGGCCGCAGGCCGCGAGACGGCCCGCGCCCAAGGCCCGGGUCCGGCGCGGCAGCGAGAGCGAGAACGCGGCGCCCAACGGCCAGUACACUGAGGGCGUGUACGCCAACCGCGCGGCCAAGGCGCCCGCCGCGCGGAAGCCGCCCGUCGCCAAGCCGCCCGGCUUCAAAAAGAUAGCGAGCCCGGCGCCCGCCCCUGCACCUACGAGGCCGAAGAAGAGAGUGGCGCAGGCCCCGGCGCCCGCUCAAAGACCGAAGCCCGUGCAAGCCCCGGCGCCAGCUCAAAGACCGAAGCCCAAGCCCAUCGCGCGGCCCGUCAAGGAGGCGCCGGCGCCCGCGCCGCGCGCGUCGCCCAUCACGACGCGGAGCGCUACCACAAAUUCGCCGAUCACGACGAAACCGACCAGAGAAGUGAGGCUCGGACGGGCCAUCGUCGUCGAACCGCAAAACGGCCCGGCCGUCUGCUCCAUCUUGCUGCUCCACGGCUUCGCCUGCGACGCGAAGCAGUGCGCCUCGAGCUGGAAGCCCCGUCUUAAAUCUAUGGGCGAUUUAGGACAGCGCUGCCGCUUGGUCUUCCUGAACGCACCCAAACGAGAAAUAAGCUGCUACCCGGGAGAAACGCCGGUAGAAUCCGCCUGGCACGACUAUUUUACCGAUCACGGCGGCGCCGGCGGGCGGCCGGAGAUCGAGGAGGACAUCGACCAGAACCACCUGGCGGAAGCUAGAAAACUCAUACAUGCCGAGAUCGACAAGGAGGCGGAGAAGUUCGGCGGGGACUACCGCCGCGUCGCGCUUUUCGGCGAGUCGCAGGGCGGCUGUACCGCUUUGGAUGCGGCUACUACUCAUCCGAAGACCAUCGGCGGCGUCUUCUGUUCCUUCGGCCAGCUCUACUCCUGCACGCCGAUCUCCGCGAGAUCCGCUCGGGACCUCAAAAUCGUCUUCUGGCACGGUUCUAGGGAUAAGACCAUCGCCGCGUCGCUGUGUCUGCGGUCUGCCGCUCGUUUGUUGGACCGAGGCGCCAAGAAGCUGACGCUCCACAUCGAGGACGGCCUGGAGCACUGCCAGGGGUCGGAUAGUGAAGCCCAAUGCUUACGCAAAUCUCUGGAAAAUUGGGGCUUCCUCUCGGGCCAACCGGAGACGGCCCCGGAGCCCAAGUCGUCGCCAGUCAGGCGGGAACCUCCCCCAACGCCGCCCUCGAUCAUCAAGCCGCCGGGCCUGACGCCGCCGCCGCGGCCUCCUAGAAGCGAACGCGCGACGCCGGACCCCACACCUCCUGGAUUUUCCCGGCAACAACUCUCGCGGGAGGAUGUCGAAGAGGACGUCCGCGCGCUGAUCUCCUCAAGUGACCGGGACGAGGUCGCCAUGAACACAAUCUCCGGACUUUAUAGGAGGAAGUACGGCCGCAUGCUCGACUACAAGUCCCUGGGCUUCGCGAAGAUGACGGCGUUCGUCGCCGAGAUCCCCGGCCUGGAACUGGUGAACGGCGCCGCCGGCGGCUCCGUGCGCCUGGCCCGGGCGGCGCCGCAUCGCAUGAUCUACGACGACGAGACCGACUCCGAGCUCGAGGGCUACGCCUGAUCCGACUAAUCCCCCUUCCCCCCGACCACGCAAUAAGGGUGCACAAUCUUAGCACAUUCAUAGGAGCGGAUCAUCGCCGCCGCGUCGACGGCGUGAAGGGU